ACUUUCAAUGUACGCAGGCGCCUGAGUGUCUCGUGACGGGGGCUGCCGUCAGUCUUUCCCGUCUAGAGUCUGACGCAUUCCGCCAGCCAAUAAGCUCAUGUAGCACUUCAGCGCUCGAGCCCGCUGUGAGGGAGGAUUUCUUCAAAUAAAGAUGGCAGAUGUUAUCGAAGGAGACGGUCCUCGCUCCGCUCCCUCUUCUGCGCUUCACCCGUCGGCUCGGAACGGCUCCGACAUGAGUUCGGUGACGUGCGCCGGCGGUCACGUCGGGACCACGGUCGCCUCCGGGCCUCGGCUUGUCCGCAUCGUCAAGUCGGAUUCGGGCUACGGUUUCAACGUCCGCGGGCAAGUGAGCGAAGGAGGGCAGUUAAGGAGCAUUAACGGCGAACUUUACGCUCCGUUGCAGCACGUAAGCGCCGUUUUACCGGGCGGCGCGGCAGACAGAGCCGGAAUCUCAAAGGGCGACCGUAUUCUUGAAGUGAAUGGGUCGAAUGUGGAAGGAGCCACUCAUAAGCAGGUGGUAGACCUCAUCCGAGCAGGAGAAAAAGAGUUGGUCUUGGCAGUCCUGUCAGUCCCCCAGCCAGAGACAGACAGUCUUGAUCCAGGGGAUGACGGCUCAUCUCAGUCUUGCUAUGACUACAGCGACAAGCAGGCAGUGCCCAUCUCUGUGCCUACCUACAAACAUGCAGAGCAAAAUGGGGAGAAGUUUGUAGUGUACAACGUGUACAUGGCAGGCAGACAGUUGUGCUCUAAGCGCUAUCGGGAGUUUGCCAUCUUGCAUCAGAAUCUGAAGAGGGAAUAUGCAAACUUUGCAUUUCCCAAGCUGCCAGGGAAAUGGCCUUUCUCGCUGUCUGAGCAACAGCUAGAUGCUCGCAGACGAGGACUUGAGGAGUACUUAGAAAAAGUAUGUUCUGUUCGGGUAAUUGGGGAGAGCGACAUCAUGCAGGAAUUUUUGUCAGAGUCAGAUGAGAACUAUAAUGGCGUUUCUGAUGUGGAACUGAGGAUAGCCAUGCCCGACAAAUCUACAGUUACAGUCCGCGUGCGAAAGAAUUGCACAACAGACCAGGUCUAUCAGGCUGUAGUAACAAAGAUCGGGAUGGAUAACAUUACUGCUAGUUACUUUGCUCUAUUUGAGGUCAUUAACCACUCCUUUGCACGCAAGCUGGCCCCUAAUGAGUUUCCACAUAAGCUUUAUGUGCAGAACUACACAUCUGCCAUCCCGGGCACCUGCCUCACACUUCGCAAGUGGCUCUUUAGCACAGAGGAGGAGAUUCUGCUUAACGACAACGAGUUGGCCAUCAACUAUUGCUUUCAUCAGGCUCUGGAUGAUGUAAAAAAGGGAUUUAUCAAAGUGGGUGAAACAUCCUACCAGCUCCAAAAGCUUAAUGAACAGAGGAAAAUGACCACGUAUUUAAAUAUUCUAAGGCCGUGUGAGGGCUACAAUGAAAUCACUUUCCCUCACUGCUCUUGUGACUCACGUAGAAAAGGUCAUGUCAUCACAGCGAUAAGCAUCCACCACUUUAAACUCCAUGCGUGCACUGAAGAUGGCACUCUAGAGAAUCAGGUUAUUGCAUUCGAAUGGUCAGAGAUGCAGAGAUGGGACACGGACGAAGAGGGAAUGGCAUUCUGUUUCGAGUACGCACGAGGGGAGAAGAAACCUCGCUGGGUCAAGAUAUUCACUCCUUACUUCAACUACAUGCACGAAUGCUUCGAGAGAGUCUUCUGUGAGCUUAAAUGGAAAAAAGAGGUCGAAGAGGAGGCCACAGACAAGGACAACAAGAACUGCAGUAAAGAUGGUAUGUGUGGUAAGAAUAUCUUCCAACUGUUGAGACACAGAAGGGAUGGAGGCACAUGAACGAAGAGAUCAUCUCCUCUUGAAUUCUCGAAUGCACACGCACACCGUCACCCACACUCACAGCAGCAUACAGAAGCUCAAACAGGAACAAUUUCAAACUAGUCAAGUGGCAGAUACACACAUACAAUACUUCAAAUUCCAGGCUGUCAGAAAAUAAAAUAAAACACAUGAGAUGACACAACCACAGUACACUAAUGGAAACAGCCAUCACAUCAUUUCAUUGGACGGUACAGAUAUCUCUGACAUAUUGAAGGUGACCGCCAGCUUGGGGCAGGUCAGGAGACUUGGGAAUAAGAAAAAGACUGAUCUAGCUUUUCGAGGAGAUGGCUUCUGAUGGACCCUGGUCACACUUGUCAUUAACAUGGCACCAGCAUUGCGAUUAGUCCAGGUGACUAUUUCAUGUCAUGUGACUGGUCACAAGACAAGCGUUUACAGACCCGAAGAAACAAAUGAGACUGAACUGUGCUGCGUGGGGCAAUGUGGCUAAAUCAGAGAGACGGAGUAUGGUCAUUUUAGAAAUGCAGACCUCUGCAGUCUAACAGAUACAUUAUCCUGACACUAACACAUGCUCCUGUGAGGGUGAAGAUGCUCUCUCAGAAUGUAUCAAAAAAGCAUUACUACAUUUUCCACUUGGACAAUCAGAGUGAGAGAGGGAAAAAGAAAUGGCCCAGUAGAAAACAGGGCUAUAGAUCAAUACUUUCCAUGCUUUUCAACACUAAUUUGUUAUCUCACUAUUGUUGGUGGUGGGUAUGUACAGAUUAACAGCCCGUUAAGUGGUUGUUACUUUUUCUGUUCUCUCAUCUGUCUUUUUUAUUUUCCAAAGCAGUAUUUGAUUUUUUUAUUAGCCAUUUCUGGGCCCAAAUCAAAUUGGUUUUGAAUUUGGUGUGAAAUUUGUGAAAUUCCACAGAAAGUGAUUAUGAGGUCAAUCACGUUAAACUGAGCUUAUAGCGCUGUUUUUACUAGGAGCUAAAACGAUUAUCAAAUUAGCCGUAAUAUGUCAUAAACAUGCAUGGACAGUACGGUGGGACUUUGAGAAAAAUGACGCUUGGUGCAUUCUGUGGAAAUUUGCAGAGCUUUCUGCAGGUGUAGGCUUUGUGUGGGCCUGGAACACCUGCCCACCAAUAGUCUGUGAACUGUGUGGGUGCUGUCUCUGCAAAUAUAUAUAUAUAUAUAUAUAUAUAUAUAUAUAUAUAUAUAUAUAUAUAUAUAUAUAUAUAUAUAUAUAUACUUGACUUAUUAACAGUGUUAUGAAUGUGAAGCACAACAUUGGAACGCCAGAGUUGGCUAUCAUGGGUUGGAGUUCUGGGCUGUCAUGCCCUCAUCGAGCAGUAGAUGGCUCUGACCACACAGCAAGUCAUCUGCCUUUGCUGUCAUUUAAAAGCGGAGUGUUUAUCUGUUGUUUUGCAUUUUACUUAUUGUAGCGCAGGCGCAUACAAACCUGUCACUCCAGACCAGACAUGACAUGUUUUGCACUUUUUUGUUUGACGUGUAUGAGUGUUUUUUCAAACCUGACAGCAUGGCAAUUUCUUUCCUGCACUGUGGAACCUUCUGAGGAAGUGUCAUCAUUUUAAUUGACUUUAUUAGACACACUGAAACUUGCAUUUGUGUUUUAUAGUAUUACCAGAUCUGUCGUGGGAAUUGAUUAUGCAGAAUGAUGCACAGUCACAACGUAAGCAUUUAUUUUCGUUCUCAUGUCAUUGUAAGGUUUGUUGGACUUUUAGACUUUUCUCUAUGUCUGCGUGCUUCUCUACCCCGCUCUCAUUCUUUAUCAUACUCUGUCCAUUUGCGUUCUUCUCUUUGACUGAAACUUUAAUUUAUUUAAAUAUGAUAUUACACAAACUUUUCAGUGUACAGUAUUUUCAGCAGUGUGAGUUUUUGAGUAAUCUUUUCAAAUAAGGGACAAAAAGUACAUUAACAAGUCAACUCCAAGGUGUAGUAUGAACUGACAUAAGUAAUGUAGGAUACAUACUGUAAAUAAAAAAACAAGACAAACAGUAUGCCGGAAGGGUUUACCUUGUUUGAUAUUGUCAAAACAAUGUAAAAGCAUUUGGUAAUGUUUGAUCAUAGCAUUAUAAUAAAAUGUAACAUAUUCUUUUAAAUAAAUUGAUUUAUUGACUCGA